GGUGAUUGCGUCCCUCACCAAGUCACCACCACUAACCAACUAACCACCUAGCCGGCCAUGGCUUCACCUCCAUGGGUUUGCCUUCUGCUGCUCCUGGCCGUCUUCGCCGCUUGCCGCGCCCGCCCAUUUAUUGAAGAGGUCGAUGGCAGCAUGACCACCCAGCCCCUGCGGCCAUCUGUAAUCUCAUGCUCAACUUCUGGCAACUACACGGACAGGAGCCCAUAUCAUGUGAACCUCUACCGGCUCCUGUCAGCCAUCCCCAUGUCCGCCGACUCCAACGGCUUCUUCAACGGCACGUUCGGUGUGGCGGGUGAUGAGGUUUUUGGCCUUUUCAUGUGCUAUGCCAGCGACACGGACCCUGAGUGCCAGGACUGCCUCGAUCGCGCACCUGGAGGUAUUAUGAGGCUGUGCCCCCGCAGCCGUACAGUUCGUGCCGUCUACAAAUCCUGCACCCUCCAAUACUCCAAUGAGUCCUUCUUCUCUGUUGCUGACCUCUCCAUCGCCGACAGCGUCGACCUUUCUUUUCCACCCCAGCCUGAACAAACCGCCUACGAAAGCCGGUACGACCCAGAGGCUUACGAAAAUUGGUACAGCAGAGUCGUACUUGUAGGGUAUGUCGUGGACACGGCUGGAUUGAGCCAGACGAGGUUCGAGCUGAUUCGUCGGCUCACGGUGAAGGCCGGCCAAGUGGCCAUGCGGAUUGCGGAGGGUACACAGCAGUUCACCGACGCGCAGUGGGUGCGGGCAGUAGUGCAGUGCACAAGGGAUCUGCCAGCGAGAGAGUGCACUCGCUGCCUCUCCAACUACACCGAUCAGCUGCCACGAAUGUUCCCGAACAACAGCGGCGGCGCCAUCAAAGGGCCGAGCUGCUACCUACGUUAUGCCAUCCUGGCCAACAAACCACGGACGGUGCGGCUGGAGAGAUAUCGGUAUAGUGAGCAAUAUGAGAAAGAGAUGGUGGAGCGUGAAUAUUAUCGUGAGAAGGAGAGAGUGGCACAGCGACGAAAGGUGGUUACCAUCGCCAGUGUUGUUACCAUCUCCGUGGUGCUAGUGGUGUGCCUGAUCAUCAUGUUGGUUUGGUUCCUGAGACACCGGUGGCGAAAAUGGGUGGCACUGGCCAGGGUUGCCAUGAGAUCAUACCUGGAGAAAUUGCUGAAACUGAUAGCUUACUACCGUGGCAAAAGGGUAUAUCAAGAUGAGCUCGAGCAAGGUACUGGCCCCAGGCGAUUCACAUACAAUGAGCUCGCGGCAGCCACCGAUGGCUUCUCCAGCCAAAACAAGCUAGGCGAAGGAGGAUUUGGGUGCGUGUACAGGGGGGUCCUCAAGGAUACACACCUACAAAUCGCCGUGAAGAAAGUGUCCAAGAGUUCCCGUCAGGGUUGGAAGGAGUUCGUUGCCGAGGUGAGGAUCAUCAGCCGGCUCCGGCACCGAAACCUUGUGCAGCUCCUUGGAUGGUUUAAUGGUGGUGAUGAAGGUGAUCUCCUGCUCGUAUAUGAACUGAUGCCCAACGGCAGUCUAGAUGCUCAUUUGUACAAGCCGGACUACUUGCUUCCAUGGACAGUCAGGUACGAGGUCGCGCUUGGCCUUGGCUCUGCGCUGAUGUACCUGCACCAUGAUACGGAGCAGUGUGUCGUGCACAGGGACGUCAAGCCGAGCAAUAUCAUGCUGGACGUGUCCUUUAAUGCCAAGCUCGGUGACUUCAGCCUCGCAAGGUUCGUCUGCGAUGGCCGGGGCUCGCUCACGACAGGUGCAGCCGGGACACUUGGGUACAUGGACCCAAAGUGCGUGUACUCAGGCAGGGCCAGCAUGGAGUCUGACGUGUACAGCUUUGGUGUCGUCCUGCUGGAGAUCGCCUGCUGCCGAAGGCCAGCCGUGGCCCGAGACGAUGAUGAGGGAGUCGUCAUCCACCUGGUGCAGUGGGUCUGGGAGGCUUAUGGCCAAGGGGCCAUCCUCGAGGCAGCCGAUGUGCGGCUGGAUGGCAAUUUCGUCGAGCAGGAGAUGGAGCAUGUCAUGGUGGUAGGGCUUUGGUGCGGGCACCCUGAACCCAGUCUGAGACCGUCCAUCAGGAAGGCCGCCAGCGUUCUGCGGUUGGAGACGCCACUGCCCAGCCUCCCGGCGAAGAUGCCAGUCCCAGCCUACAUGAGGCCGCCACUAGCUGAUGACUCUUUAGGUUCUCCGGGGACUACCGGCGGCAUCAGCAACGGGGAUGCCAGCAUGACCCAUUCAUCUCGAAACAAAGUUGAAUAGAUGAUCGCCAAUCUUGGCAUUUAGGUUCAUUACAGAAAAUUUGAAGUACUACUUGUAACUAAUGGAGCUACUUUAUAUAUACAUGCUUGAAGUGAACCACGCUAUU